GCAACGUCCACCAUGUCUGCCAUCCGUGCCCUUCGUCAGCUUGCCCUUCCCUCUUCUCGUGCUCUGGCCUCGCGUGCCGUGGCCGAUACUACCGCGCGCAGUGUCCUCGCGGCUCGUGUUGCGCCCGCCAUUGCGUCAAGGGCGUUCUCCGUGUCGGCGCGUCGCCUCGGCGAGGGUACAUCCGAUGUUGCGCUGGCACAGAGGCUGGGAGAGGAGCUGAAGUACGAGACUGAGGCUGCCGCGCCCAGCGAGCCUGAGUUCCUGAAGGCUUUCAAGGCGCAGGGCACCUGGGCUGUUGAAGACACUGCUGGCGCAGAUGAGGUCACCCUCAGCCGGAAGUUUGGCAACGAAGACAUUCGGUUGAUCUUCUCCAUUGCCGACAUCCAGACUGAGCAGGAGGCGGAGUUCGAGGAGGGUGAGGAACCUGCUGAGUCCGAAGAGAGCGAGCAGCCCCUGCACUCGUACCCCAUCCGGUGCUCGUUCUCCUUCACCAAGGGUGGCGCACCUGGUGCUCUGACCAUCGAUGCGAUGUGCCAGGAGGGCACGUUCGUGAUCGACAACAUCUCGUACUACAACGACGCCAAGGUCGGUACUGAGCUCACCGCUGAGGCGGACUGGAAGCGGAGGGGAUACUACCUGGGCCCUCAGUUCGACACUCUCGACGUUUCGCUUCAGGAUGAGUUCGACAAGUUCCUCCAGGAGCGCGGCAUCAACCAAACCCUGGCGUACUUUGUCCCUGAGUACGCUGAGCACAAGGAGCAGAAGGAGUAUGUUCGCUGGCUCAAGAACGUCAAGGACUUCGUCGAGGUUUAAGAUGUUCGCGAUACUCUCUUGACUCCCCGCGCGACAACCCUUAGUUUAGACGGACCCGUGGGCCGCGGCCCUCCAAAAGAUGUUCUAUAAUCGUACGUACGUAGAUCUUGCUCCUACGCCUGAUACACACCCUCCUCGUUGUUCGGAGCGUCUUGAUGGUGUGCCGCCAACAGCGCCGGUCUUCAUACGCGUGGGAGCAUACUUUCGCUUGAAAACAGUGCACCUUUCCGAAUCGAUUUGGC